UUCUGAUAAACACAAUAUCUAACACUGCAAAAAUACAAGCCAUUAGUAAAACGUAAACAGCGUAAAAAAUUUAUUGUCGAAGCAAAAAAAUAAAUUAAGCGACGACAUACUUACUUGUUCAAUAUAUUGUAUUUACCAAACAUGUCGGCGCCAUUAGAGAAUCUGGAGACACAGUUGGAAAUGUUUAUUGAAAAUGUAAGACAAAUUCGCAUCAUUGUUAGCGAUUUUCAGCCCCAGGGACAAAAUGUACUUAAUCAAAAAAUCAAUAGCUUGGUAACUGGUUUGCAGGAAAUUGACAAGCUGCGACCCCAGGUCCAGGAUGUGUAUGUUCCCUUUGAAGUGUUUUUCGAUUACAUAGAUCAGGACAAAAAUCCCCAAUUGUACACCAAGGAUUGCGUGGAAAAAGCACUGGCGAAAAAUGAAGAGGUCAAAGGCAAAAUAGAAAGUUUAAAAAAAUUUAAGUCCAAUUUGCUAUUGGAAUUGUACAAAACCUUUCCCACUGAAAUGAACAACUAUAGAGCUUAUAGAAAGGACUCCAUUUGAAGAAGCAUUGUAUAUACCAUUAAACAAAAUAGUCGUAAGCAAAACCAUUUUAAAAAUAUAAAUUUUUUUUCAUUGAAA